AUGUCCUGAAGAUGGUGCGUGCAGAGGAGUGAGAGAGUGAGGGCAGGACUGUAAACUUGAGUUUACUCAUCGACGCUAUGAGUGAGACGUCAGAGAUAAGCAUCACCCAGAAGGUUUUCAUAGGUAUCGUGCUCUCCUUCGUUAUCUUCCUCUCCAUCUUCGGCAACGUGCUGGUCUGUGUGGCAGUCUACACCGACAGGAAUCUACGCAAGAUCGGCAAUCUAUUCGUCGUCUCCCUGGCCAUCGCUGACCUCUUCGUCGCCUGCGUGGUCAUGACCUUCGCCCUCGUCAACGACCUCUUAGGGUACUGGCCCUUCGGUAACGACUACUGCAGCAUCUGGAUCGCCUUCGACGUGAUGUGCUCGACUGCGUCCAUCGUCAACCUGUGUGCCAUCAGCCUCGAUCGUUACAUUCAUAUCAAGGAUCCUCUGAGAUACGGACGCUGGAUGACCAAGAGAAUAGUAACCUCGUCCAUCGCUGCCAUCUGGGUACUGAGUGCUCUUGUCUCCUUCCUGCCCAUCAUGUUGGGACUCCAUCUUCCAGAGUCCCAGAAUACCAGACUUGACUCCACACAGGGGGAGCAACAGUGUGCCCUGGAGCUGAGUAGAAUCUACGCUGUUGUGUCCUCCUUCAUCAGCUUUUUCCUGCCCUGCUGUGUCAUGUUGGCUAUCUACUCCAGACUCUACCUCUACGCCAAGAGACACGUCGAGUCUAUCAAGGCAUUGGUUCGCCCAGUGACAUUGGGUGCCUUGGAGGGCGACACCUCCAGACCCAAGAAAGUAGCGGCACCAUGCCAUGUGUCGGAGUCCAAGGCUGCCACUACCGUGGGUAUCAUCGUGGGCACUUUCCUCACCUGCUGGGUGCCCUUCUUCUGCGUCAACAUCGCUGCUGCCUUCUGCCACGCCUGCAUACCUGUUGCUGUCUUCAAGACACUGACGUGGUUUGGCUACACCAACUCUUCGUUUAACCCCAUCAUCUACAGCAUCUUUAACCAAGAGUUUAGAGACGCCUUUAAGAGGAUCCUCACCUCAAGAUGCAGGCCGCUACCCACCUGCUGUUCCCAGGUGUGCUGUUGUUGUGACAGCGACCCCAACGCUGUCUUCCCCGAGUCACCCUCCUGUUGCUCCACCUGCUGUCUGGUCGUCAAAAGCAGCCCAGGACGGCAAAGAGCAGCCAGUGCGAGGAGCAGCGGGCCUCUCUUCAUGGAGGUUCCCCGCCACCACCAGAAUGGUUCCUCCUCCACCGCCCUGACGGAGUAUACGGUGCUAGACGCCUCGGCCACCCCGAGGUUCUCCCACGAUCGCUCUAGAGCGUCUUCGGGAGAGCGAUGUCUCAUUUUGGAGCAGAUCUCCGCUAUUUGAGAGUGAUCAGGACUCUGGUUUGGUCAAGGUCUUGAAGAUGCGCACUAUCAUCAUCUGAUGCCGGAAAGAGUACGGCCAGGCUCCGGUGAAUGGCACUUUGAAGUGCGUGAAAUGAAGAGACAAAGAUUCUCCAUCUUUAAAAAAUAUCUUUAAUACACUAGGGCUCGAUUUAUUAGCGCCUUGUAUUUAGAGAUACAGCAAGGUAUAUUUAGCUAUGAAACUGCCAGAAUUUCUUGGAGGCUCAGAAACAGUCCAGAUUGUAAGUGAGAAAUGAAGUAGCUGGGAAAUUGUCCACUCCGACGUUGGAGCGUAUUUUUUUUCUUUAUAAGAUUUCUUAGAAGCAAAAUUGUUUAAUCAAAAUCAACAGCCGAUGUAUAAUGUUUAAAUUUUCAGGAGGCUUUUUCAUGGUUCUGGAACAGGUCAAUGGGCUUAGGAAAAAUAAAGACUGAAAUCUUUCCAUAGGUAAAGAAUCUCCUUGAGAAUGGUCUUGGUUUAUUUACGAAGGCUAAAACGUCCACUGUUUUAUGGAAGACAGGAGUCUUCACCUUCAAGGAUCACCCACCAUAAUGGUACAGAGGAGUCUUAUCCUUGAGUACCACCCGCAAAUACUAUGGUACACAGGAGUCUUCACUUUCGAGGACCACCCAAAAUACUAUGGUACACAGGACCACUCACCACAAUGGGAUACACACACAUUCAUGACCUAUGGGGACUUCCUAAGCCAUGAAUGACUAAGAGAUAUAGUAUGACCACACCAUCUUCAUCCAUCAGCGGUGUCACUGAGCCUGGUCGACCCUGCAAGCCAACACCGUCCUCGAUCUGAGCGCCUGAGCCGAGUUCUCGGACCGAGUAAUGACACACGAACGCUAAAAGUCAUUUGGUAGAAGUCCGGUUGAAAGAGCAGUGUUUUUAUCUUUCGCCUUCCAGAUGGAGGAUCGAAUUGCCAUCACUCCCAUCCGCUGAAUAAGCCACGCACAGAUUUAGCACUUCAGGAAAACAUAGAGAACUUCACCUCGAUUUCACAUAUGGUAUGUUUAUCAGAGAACAGGUACCAAAAGUCCUUCAGGAAAGCCUUGGUCAGAUGACCAAAAGCUCCAGCAGCGGGUCAUCAUAUGACUAAGACCCGCGUCAGUAAACACUUGUCCUGUUUCCUAACAAACCUUACCUAACCUAACCUGUUUAUGGGAGGCUCAAGAGAAGCUCUCAGUGCGCUAGACAGUAGUUCGUCCUGCGAUACAAAAAUAAAAGUCGGGAAGUCCAGCUUUUGGAAGAAUUGAUUGGCUGGUUGGCUACGCUUAGAAGUCUAUCGACUACCCACAGGAUCAUUAAGACUGCAUGUCCAGAUGUUUACCAAUCCCUUAAAAAGUGAUUAAAGUAUACUUUAAUCCCUUAAAAUGGAGUAAAAGUAACUCUCAGGUACACUGAGAGAUAUAACCUUCUCGGUGUACAUCUGUGUGCGUGGAAAAAUUCAAUUUCCUCUUUGUGAUAUUCAAAAGACAUGAGAAGGGUUUGCCUUUAUCUGAGAGCGAGGCCAAUAUCGUUCGAAGUGCCCUUUAAGGUCCGGAAUAAUGACAGUCCCUUUCUCAAAGGCAGCAGAAGGUCAUAUUUUCAUUGUAUGCUUCUUUUGUGAAGUCACUUAUAACCUAACUGAACAAAGACCGGGUCACGAUCAGCGGACGUAGAAUCGAAACCCUCACCACUCAUUGCGCUAAAUGGCCCAAACGGGUUUAAGGCUGCAGGAAAUGCAACACAAUAAUGUGUGCUAAGAAAAUUAAAUCACCUCAUACUGCAUUUACGGAUAAAAUAUUUACAAGAUUGAAAAGAAAUGUGAAGGAGGGGAUUAGAAAGGCUAAACGCGACUAUGAAAUUAGUGUAGCCUGAGAAUCAAAGACAAAUCCUAGAGUUCUUUCAAGUGUAUAGGACAAAAAUCAGGAAUAAAUAAGACCACUGAAAACUAGGUGUGGACAACUUAGUAAUUAUUUGAUAAAAGAAUAAAAAGAGUACUGUGAAGGGAAUGAGAUGUAAAUAACGAAGCAGCAUUUAACGGCACUGUUGUGCAUAUAACAGAAAUAAAGCAAAACAAUGGUCUACAUCAACACGCCUAUGAAAGAAAAAAAAUUAGGUAGGAGAAUAUCCCGCCUUUCUGCAUUGUUUAUCAACAGUGUCUGUGUGGCACUAUAGUGACUGCUUCUGAGGGCACAAGAUCCAAGUCUCCAGACUGUGCAUGGUAAAACGGUCGGGGUUAACUAGAUUGUUUAUGCGAAAAUGAUUAGACAAUAUACUUAAAUAUCGUCGCAAGGCACAUGAAUUACAAGUGUGAAGACGGUGCGAUGUUGAGGACGAUGUGAGAAGUAUUUCACGGAACUGUAAUGUAAUUUCCUAAACUCUCAGUAGGACAUUUCAGUGGCUAAGAGAAAUACUUUUAAAAAAUGGUAUUCGAAUACUUUUUUUAUAUAUACGAGCUGUGAUAAAAGAGCCAGUGUAUUUAUUGAGCGCAGUGACGAACCAACAGAGAUAAUAUUGUCAUUUAAACUCACAAAUAUGAAAAUAUUUGAUCUGUAAGCUAUAUUGUUUUAUGUUCUUAGGUAAGACACAUGUGCAACAGUUAGGUAUCUUUAUUUCGAAAAGUUUCGCCUACACAGUAGGCUUCUUCAGUCGAGUACAAAAAAGCUGGUAGAAGCAGAAGAGAUAUGAGGACGAUGUAAUCAAUCCAUCACCCUUAAAGACGUGAUUAUACCUAACUGUUGUAUAUGUUUCUUACCUAACAACCUGUCGGUAUUUUACCCCAUUUUAAUAUUCGACAUUGUUGUGGCUGUGACUGAUGGAAAAUCCACAUAAAUCCAUUCGAGGAUAGACUUAGUGACGAUUAUGUUCCUGGGGGAGUUGCUGGACAAUUGGUCAGUGAAUAAAGGACACUGCAUAUCCAGUCUACCUACCUGGAAUCUACCUGGAGGGAGUUCUGGGGGGUCAGCGCCCCCGAGGCCCGGUCUAUGAACUGACUCAAACAUUGCAUUAACAUUUCACCAAAAAAAUAUAGUUUAUAAGAAAUAACAGUCUCAAAAAGCUGAAUUUUCAGUGUCAAACUAAAGCACAGAAAUAUAACAACGUUAAACAGUCACCUGAAAUGUAACAACGUUAAACCAGUCACUGAAAUGUAACAACGUUAAACCAGUCACUGAAAUGUAACAACGUUAAACCAGUCACUGAAAUGUAACAACGUUAAACCAGUCACUGAAAUGUAACAACAUUAAACCA